UAGAUGAAGCACAUCUGGACAGCUGUGCCGAGAAAGUUUGUGGGCCCCUUCCAGGCCUGCCACCCGCAAGGCACGUCCCCCACGUAGCCUUCUGCUAGUCACUUACUACUUAACUUUUUUUUUUCCAAGAAGCAACCAGCCACCCAUGUUUGAAUCUUUUUUUCCCCCUAUGUGAGGCGAGGCCACACAUUCAACACAGUUUAAUUUUCAUGGGGCUUUACGAUCAAAAGAACAGAAACAGCAACCAAAGCCCAGCUGCCUUCUGAUCCUAACUGACAAAGUGGGGAGAAUAAGGUGUGAGCAAACAGGCCAAGCUGGGCUGUGGUUCUGAGAAUUGGGUGUGGAAGAUUGAACAGAGAUAGUGCGAGAACAGAAGAUGCCAAGCGGGAAGGUCAUGGGGAGUUUCAGAGGUCAUGCUCUCCCUGGGAGUUUCUUCAUCUUCAUGGGUUUUUGGUGGAGUACAAAGUCCAUUCUGAAAUCUGUCUACAAAAAGCAAACUCGGACCUGCUACCUUAAUUCUAAAACAUUAUUACGUAGAACAGAGAUUUGGGAAGGAGUCAUUGUGCUUUUAAUGGCUUUUACUGGUGUAGCUGGGGAACAGUUUACCACAGAAGGACCCUCCUUGAUCUUACAAAAAGAUGGCCAGUGGAACCAGAUCCUGGAAUGGCACCACACAACCAUGUACUUCUUCUUUGGGCUACAGGGUGUAACCCAAAUCAUAUGUUUCACUACUAAUGCACUUCCGCUUUCCUUAAGCAAGUUAAUGUUAUCCAACGCCAUCUUUGUGGAGGCGUUUGUCUUCUACAACCACACACAUGGUCGGGAGAUGAUUGACAUUUUUGUACACCAACUUCUGGUCUUCACCACCGUAUUGGCGGGUGUGGUUGCCUUCAUGGAGUUCCUCACAAAGAACAAUAUACUUCUGGAGCUCCUGCGGUCCAGUCUCAUCAUACUCCAAGGAACAUGGUUCUGGCAGAUUGGUUUUGUUCUGUACCCCCCUAACGGAAGCGCUACAUGGAACCUGUCAGAUAUUGGCAAUAAAAUGUUUCUCUCAAUGUGCUUUUGCUGGCAUUAUGCAGCAAUCUUGGUCAUCUUUGGAGUAAAAUAUGCUUUGGCCAACUGGUUCGUUAAAUCCAGACUUAGGAAGUCCUGUACCUCAGAAGUUGGACUCCUGAAACAUGCUGACCGUGAGCAAGAAUCAGAAGAAGAAGUAUGAUUUUGAUGGGCAUCUAGUCUUUCUAGAUAAGCCUUCUCAUUUUACAUUGCCUUUGUUCAUGACUUUGUUUCUUGACCUUUUCAAGAACAGUUGUCUGAGGCUGACUCCAUGCUGUUUGUACUUCCAGUUUUGUUAAAGAGUUGGACUUUAAAUAUCUUACUUUCAGAUCUGAACGUACUGUGGAUAAUAAAUUCACUUUGCAUAUCGUACAUGCCAUGUAAUUCAAGAGCAGUUAUAAUUUCUUUUCCAAAGUCCUAUAUAGUUUCAUGUCCAUUUGUUAAAAUUAUAUAUUUUCUUGCCAUCACUGUAAUACAUUAAAUGUUAAAGUACUUGUUUAUCUUGUUGCCACAAUGGAAAAUAAAUGAAUGCAUGCA